GGGCCUAUUGUUUUGCCCAGCAUCUGCUUCCCUUCUAAGAUCACUUCACUUUACCCGAAACGAAACCAAGCAAUCGAAUCGCGGGUGAGAUCUGUCGGCAAAUGGCUGCCGACGGUGGUUUAAGCACGGCGGCGUCCCCGUCGAUUACAAUGGAAGAACAGAAACUGGAAAUUACAAAACAGAUGAGAAGUCUUGAGGUCGCCAUUGCAGAGCUCAAUCAUCUUUCCUCUACCAGAGCUGUCUUUCAGAAAAACGGAAACCUGUUUUUUCGCACAACUGUUCAAAAAGCAACUACUUCGGAACAGAAAAAACUUGAUGCGGCUAGAGCAAAGCUUGAAAGUCUGAAUUCCUGAUUCGGACCCUCAACAAGGAGGGAGUAUUUUCUAAGUGCUUCAAAAAGCGUUUUUAAUUGAAACUCAGGAGCAAAGGGUUAUUUAGAGGUUCAAACUUCUGCUUAGAAAAUCUAUUUGCUAAAACUUCUUUCACUUGAAUAAACCCUGAAUAUUUGGAAACGAAUCUCCCCUAGUUUCUCUUGUACAUAGAGUUUUUAUAUUAAUAAAGAAAUUUAUCUCCGUUUCAAAGAAAAAAAGAGGAAAGAAUAUGAAA